AUGACAGAGUAUGUCGUGACUCGGUGGUACCGUGCUCCCGAGCUGCUGCUUUCCUGCGACGAGUACACCUUCGCCAUUGAUAUGUGGUCCGUUGGCUGCAUCUUCGCGGAGCUUCUGGGACGGAAGCCGCUUUUCCCUGGAAAGGAUUACAUCCAUCAGCUGAAGCUGAUCAUCAACCUGAUUGGUUCGCCUGACGAAGACGACCUUCAUUUCAUUUCCAGCCAAAAAGCUCGCAGCUACAUCCGUUCGUUGCCGUACACUCCCAGAGUCUCGCUCUCUCGCCUCUACCCCAGGGCCAACCCUCUGGCCAUCAACCUGAUUGAGCGGAUGCUCGUGUUUGACCCGAACAAGCGUAUCACUGUGGAAGAGGCUUUGGAGCAUCCGUACCUGUCCAUGCUUCAUGAUCCUGCUGUGGAGCCGUCUGCUCCGGCGCCGUUUGAGUUCGACUUUGAGGACGAGGAUCUUAAGGAGGCGGCGUUGCGUGAAAAGUGUACUUCAUCUCCCUUUUUACCAAAGGAUGACUGCCUGCCCUACAACCACAUGGAGUACGUUCAGAACAUUGCUCCCGGCAUGCCUCUCUUCCUCUUCAACUACUCGGACCGCCGCUUACACGGGAUCUUUGAGGCAGUGAGCUACGGAGAUUUGGAGAUCGACCCGCAUGGCUGGACGGGCAAGAAUGGCGGCCAGACCAGAUUCCCCGCCCAGGUGAAAGUCCGUCUGCGCCACAGGUGCUCGCCUCUCCCUGAGACCGCCUACGGCCCGGCCCUCGAUUAUUACUCUCCCACUCACUUCUUUUUCGAAUUAGACCACCAGCAGACUCAGAAGCUCCUCGCUCUCUACCGCAAGCACACCCCUGCCGCUGCUCCCCCCCGCCCUAAAAGUGCUGGUUAUGGUGGUAGCUACCCUCCACAGCAGCAACAGCAGCAGCAGCAGCAGCAGCAAGAGCAACAGCAGCAACAGGAAUGGUGGGCACAGGCAUCAAUGCAAGCACAGAUGCACCCGCAACUGCAGAAUCCGUAUCACCAACAGGAGCAGUACCAGCAGCAGCAACAGCAGCAGGAGCAGCAGCAGCAGCAAGAGCAGCAGAAGCAGCAAGAGCAGCAGAAGCAGCAACAGCAGCAGGAGCAAGAGCAGCAGAAGCAACAACAGCAGCAGCAGGCAGUAGCAGCGGCAGCAGCAGCAGUAGGAGGAGAAAAUGAUGCCAACGCCAUGGCUGGUUUAGCAGCAACAGUGCAGCAGAGCCUUGCAAUGGUAACCAGUGCCAUGCAGCAGUGGGCGCAGGAGCGGGCACAGCUGCGCGCCUCACUAGAGCAGACCCAGGCUGAUCUGGCGCAGGUGAAAGCGGCCCGGGAGGAGGAUCGGGCGGAGAUUGGGAGGUUGAAGGGAGAGGUGCGGAUGCAGGGGGGUGGUUUGACAUUGAAGCAGCUCCAGGCAGAGUUUGGUCGGCUGCAGGCGAAGCAGGUGAUUAUAUGGGGAAGGGGGGAAGGAACUGGGUAG